AUGUCCAGUACUUUAGAUGAAGAUCUCACCAAUAGCAGAUUGGGUAGAUAUAACGAUAUUCAACCUGAUAUUAUGAAGUACUUGUAUAAUGUAAUAUCACCGCAUUAUCCCAACCUAUUUGCCAAAUAUUCAACAAAGACUCAUUCUUUCGAUACUUUAAAUAUAAUUGAUCUACUACAUGAUGGAGAAGUAUUAUGCCGUUUAGGUCAAUUAGUGAAUCUACCUUUGGAUACCAAAAAUCCCACCACCAAGUUCAAAUCAUCACAAAUGGCAUUUAUACAAAUGGAAAAUAUUUCAUGGUUUCUACAAUUGUGUGAAUUAUUGAAACUUCCUCACGACGAGAUAUUUCAAACUGUCGAUUUAUAUGAAGGUAAAGAUCCAUAUCAAGUCUGUAUCACUUUGAUGUCAUUUUCUCGUAUUGUCAAUACUUUGGACCCAACAGUUUUUGGUGAGGUCAUAGGACCAAAAAAAGUCAAAAUUAAACCAGUUGUACCUAAUAAACCGAGAAGUUUGAGGGAGUAG